AUGACUUCCUCGUAGUGAGCAGCCAUGGCUGAUGUCCACGUCCGAAUAUGCGAGCAGGAGAUCAUUAAAUAUGAUCUGGAAAUUAAAGCUCUGAUACAGGAUAUCAGUGAAUGCACCGGGCCACACACUAAACUAACAGAGUUUAACAGUACUGUGAAGGAAAAAUUUGUUCGCCUUCGUCAGCGGAUCCAGGAUCUGGAGCAAAUGGGGAAGGAGCAGGAUAAAGAAUCUGAAAAGCUUGCUUUACUCAAACAGGUGGAGGGCCAUCGGAAACAGAUGCUCAGUAACCAGACGGCCUGGAGGAAAGCCAAUCUGGCCAGUAAUCUAGCGAUUGAUAAACUGGAGAAAGAAGAUUUGCUGAGUGUGGGUGACAGUACAGCAAGACAGAGAAAGGUAACGAAGGAGAGCCUGGUUCAGACCUCCAGCGACAUCACCGAGAGCCUGAUGAACAUCAGCAGAAUGAUGUCGCAGCAGGUGAAGCAGAGCGAGGAGACCAUAAGCACUUUGGCCACAUCGUCAAGAACAGUCCAAGAAACCAAUGAAGAGUUUAAGGCUAUGACAGGGACCAUCCAGCUGGGAAGAAAACUCAUCACCAAAUAUAACCGACGUGAACUGACAGACAAACUGCUCAUCUUCCUGGCCUUGGCACUCUUCCUGGCCACAGUCCUGUACAUUCUGAAGAAAAGACUCUUCCCUUUCCUUUGAUUUGGAGAGUUUGGUUAAAUCCGGAAUCGGGUUCCACGUGACGGUUUUCCGAUUACAGAGUUAAGUUGGACUGAAUUGUUCUGUCAGAGGUGAUUUGCAAGUCUAUGACAAUAACUUAUAUAUUUAUUCCAACAACUUGCCUUAAUCUGUAUCGGGGAGAGCAGCAGCGUGGUUUUCAGGAAGAAAAUGCACUUUUAUAAAGUGUGAUGUAGCUGAUGCCUGACUUGUGCUGUUAUACAAAUGGAAUUAUACCUGUUGACUGCUAUCAUGCCAUCAAGGGUUCCUAAUUAUAUAUAUUUUUUGUUUUCAUUCCUGAAGUAAUGACUUGUCUUUAUAAUUGCCGUUCUGUAUUAGUGCUGUAUAAUGUAUUAUUGCACACUCGGUACAAAGUCUUACUAAUUGUUAGCCAAUACCAGAACGGUUACUUUACAUUAAAAACACACUCUUGAAGAUUUAUUUGAAGUCUGCAAUGCAUUUUUGUGCUGUUAUCGCUGAGGAAUGAUUUAUAACAUGAGGAUCUGAUUUUAGUUCUCCCCUCCUGUGUAAUCCAAAUCUAUGUUAAAUACUGACUACAAAAAUAUAUCUAAAAUAAAUAUUACAAUCCA